AUGACUAAUCUCACUUAUUUGAAUUUGGGGACAAACACUCAUAUCAAGGGAGUCAUACCGGAGGAGAUAGACAGAUGUGAGAGAUUGAUGCAUCUUUCUCUCGAUGGUAACAUGUUAAGUGGCCACAUCCCACAUUCGCUGGGAAAACUACACUACUUGAAGUACCUUAAACUGGGAAGCAAUGGAUUGAGCGGAGAGAUCCCUUCAUCUCUAGUGCAACUCUCCAACCUUGAGGCUUUACAGUUGGAGAAUAAUAUUUUUACUGGAAAGAUGCCUUUGUCUCUAGGACAACUCAAAAGCUUACAACUUUUAUAUCUAUUCAAUAACAGCUUCGUGGGAAGGAUUCCACAAAGCUUGGGGGACAUGAAGGGCCUCCAAAAACUGGAUAUUUCAGCCAAUUCUCUUGAGGGGGAAAUCCCAGUUGAACUGGGAAAUUGCACUUCUUUGCAGCUGCUCGAAUUGUCAAAGAACAACUUGACGGGAGAAAUUCCAUGGGAGGCAUUUGAAACGUUGUGCAAGCACAACCUUCAAACCCUUGGAAUGGAAAGGAACAAGCUGGUUGGACAUAUACCACGUGUACUGCUUGAGAACUGCACAAAGCUGGAGCGGCUGAAGCUCGGGAAUAACUCUCUCAAAGGCACCAGCAUUGACGUGAGUAAGCUUCCAGCACUGAAGAUUCUCUCACUCGCAAUGAAUCAUCUCGGAGGCAGAUUUCCUUUGCUUCCCUCUGGCAACACUAGCUUGGAGUUGAUUGAUCUCAAGAGAAACAACUUCUCUGGUCAGCUUCCUGCAUCUCUUGCUAACCUCCACCAAUUGCGAGUUUUAAGCUUGGGACGCAACCAUUUUGAAGGAGUCCUGCCAGAUUUCAUUUGGAGCAUGAAACAGUUGCAAGUGUUGGAUGUUUCGGGC